GCAAUGCUAGUGUCGUCUAUUUUGUAAUUUUCCGGGAAUAUUUGCCAGUGCGCGUCAGGAAUGGCUGAGGUUGAAGACCUGCCAACCAUGAAGAGUAAAAAGGAAAAAGUAGAAAUGAAAAAGGCUGAAAAAGAAGAGCUCGAGGAGGAAAACGCGAGAAUGCUCGCCGCUGUCGCCUUCGCAGUUGUUCUGAUCUGUAUUGGUUUACCUUUGUGGUGGAAAACAACUCAAGUUUAUAGAGUAGCCCUUCCCUACGAAAAAAUCGCCUCUCUUCGCGCCCAGGAAGAGCAAGGAUUGAGCUUGAAAUUGACCCUUUUGACCAUUGAAGAAGCCAGGGGAACACAAUUGUGCGCCGACUUUGAUACAGUUUUCAGGAUUACUAAACUCUUCCGGAUCUCCUGCACAAGCAGAGCCCUGAACCCUUCUGAAAAGGCAGACAUUGGAGGCGUGCAAAAUUUGGCAGAACUUGAUAGACUGGAUAUAAUUCCAGUGGAAAUUGGAAACAUUUUGCUGGUCGAAGUUCCAGGCAUGUUAAGGCUGACUCAAAAUCAAAUAGUCCUUGGCUCAAAGCGUGCGUUGUUUUUCUCUUCUGAAACGGGAGCAAAGAAACUUGCCAUGGUUCUGAAUGAAUGGCUACUGCGCGAAGAAACUAUCACGCACACCCUGAAAGCAAUGAGAGCUCCCACUCUGGCUGGAAAAAGUAAAGAGGCAAGGACCAGAGUGCCUCCGACCGUUGGAAGUCUGGACAUUCUCUUGAGCUUGGCCGUCCCAUCUCCUGAGGAAAUCAAAGUUGAUUGGGACAUCAUGGCUGCCAUUGAAGAUUAUUUGCACCCGUUUCUAAAGGAGAUGAGCAGCAUAUCAAAUUUUUCAGUCAAAUCGCAGGUCACAUAUUUUGCAACGCUUGGAGUGAGGAAGAAAGCUGUCAACACUAAGGAACUUGGUCCUCACUACGCCAUUCAAGAGGAGUUGUUACCACAGAUCAUUUCACCUUUGGAAAAGAAAAUCGGAUCUCAUGUUUCUACGUCUGCUUCAUUGUGCCUGGUGCUCUACAUCCCUGGGUGCACUGAGGCGCCCCUGCACUUCUACACCAAGAAAGGACAAGUGGUUCCUACAAAUGCCAUCAUAUCUGCUAGGUGGGGUGGUCUCGUAGUGCUUAAUCCUCCAAAGCAUGCUUGCAAGAACGAUGACGAGCCAGCAGAGAUGCGAGUGCAAACCCUGAAGGUCAUGGGACUCUUUUUGGCUCAGCUUAGACAGUUACUUGGAAUACCAGAACUGGAUCCAAUUCCCUCUGCGGAAAUGCUGCCUCUGAUGGAAGCCGAACCUCGGCUUUGGGAAAUCGACUCACUGAUGAGAACUAGAGCUUUGGAGCAGGUUACUUCUGCGACCCUUACUUUGCAGUCUCUCUCAAAACUCCUAGGCCAAAUCGGCAACAUUGUGAUUGGCGAUGAAGUGGGCAGAAGUAUUUUUGUCGCCACCGAACAUGCUCACAGGGCGGAAGCGCUUUUAUCCCAAGGUCAUCUGAAGGAAGGAUUUGAGGUUGCCAGAGUUGCCUUCUUGGAAUCGGAGUCGGCGUUUACUGACCCGUCUUUGCUGGCGCUGCUCUACUUCCCAGAUGAUCAAAAGUAUGCUGUUUACAUUCCACUCUUCCUGCCUGUCAUGAUCCCUGUGCUGAUGUCGUUGAAGACAAUUAAGAACUGGAUAUUCAAGAAGUUAGGCAAAAGCAAAAGAGACUGACACCUCCUCUCAUGCAAGUCAUUUUUUUAAUUAAAACCCAUACGUUGUGAUUUAUAUUUA